AAAAAUUCCAGUUUAAAAACAAAGUCAUGUAUAUAAGGCAAUGAUUUCACUUGAGGUCACUGUAACAUCCGAGCUCCUUGAAAGAGAUGAAGACCCACUUCUCAACUGAGAUGCAUCCACAUGCAGUGACGUGGAAAUUAUCUGUUGUCAGUGUGCUGCUGCUCACAUUGUACCACAGCUGCACUGCUGCUGUCAGCCUGAAGGAACAUCUGGCUGAUUGUCUGGAGGACAAAGACUAUGACAAGCUGCUGCGGACUGUGAAGUCCGGCCUUCCACACAUUAACACGUCUCAUCAUGUGGUUAUUGUUGGAGCUGGCAUGGCGGGACUGACGGCUGCAAAGUUAUUGCAAGAUGCAGGACACACGGUAACCAUGUUAGAGGCCAGUGGUCGAGUUGGAGGGCGAGUGGAGACCUACAGGAAUGACAAAGAAGGCUGGUAUGCUGAACUGGGAGCCAUGAGGAUCCCAAGUUUUCACCUCAUCGUCCGCUGGUUUGCUAAAGAGCUGGGGGUCGAGCUGAAGAAAUUUGUUAUGGAAGACAUGAACACUUUUUACCUGGUCAACGGGGUGCGGAAGCGAACAGACGCUGUGAAAGCAAACCCUGACAUCCUGAAGUAUCAACUGCCAGAAACCGAGAGGGGGAAGUCAGCCGAUCAGCUGCUACAGCAAGCUUUGAAGAAGGUGAAAGAUGAAGUGGAGGCACACGGCUGCAGAGCGGCAUUGAAGAAAUAUGACCGCUAUUCAUUGAAGGAAUAUCUGAAAGAAGAAAGUGGUUUGAGUGCAGAAGCGGUGAGGAUGAUCGGAGACUUACUCAAUGAACAGAGCCUAAUGCACCUGGCUCUGACUGAGGUGAUCUACAUCGAGAGUGACGUCAGCGACAGCACCACGUAUGAUGAAGUGACUGGUGGGUCAGAUCUUCUCCCGAAAGCUUUUCUUACUGUCCUCGAUGUCCCCAUCCUCUUCAACUCCAAAGUCAAACACAUCAGGCAGUCACAUAAAGGUGUAAUCGUGUCGUACCAGACAGACAACCAGUCCUCUCUGACGGACCUUCCUGCUGACGUUGUUCUGGUAACAACCACAGCCAAAGCAGCCCUCUUCAUAGACUUUGAUCCACCUCUCUCCAUCAGAAAGAUGGAGGCCCUGAGGGCAGUCCACUAUGAAAGCUCCACUAAAAUCCUCCUCACCUUCAGGAAGAAGUUCUGGGAGGAGGAUGGCAUCAAAGGAGGCAAGAGCAUCACCGAUGGGUCCACUCGUUACAUCUACUACCCCAGCCACGAUUUCCCGAGAAAUGAGACCAUUGGCAUCCUCCUGGCGUCUUACACUUGGUCUGAUGACUCCCUCCUCUUCCUAGGUGCGAGCGAUGAAGAGCUGAAAGAACUGGCUCUGAGAGAUUUGGCAAAGAUCCACGGCAAGCCCAUCAGGUCUCUCAGGUCUCUCUGCACGGGAGUCGUAGUGAAGAAGUGGAGCCUUGAUCCUUACAGCUUGGGUGCCUUCGCUCUCUUCACACCCUACCAACACUUGGAGUACGCUAAGGAGCUCUUCAGGAGGGAGGGCAGGGUGCACUUUGCUGGCGAACACACAGCCUUCCCUCACGCUUGGAUCGAGACAUCUAUGAAAUCUGCAAUCAGAGCCGCUAAAAACAUUAACAAAGAGGCGCACAAAGAGUCAGCUAGAACUCAACACCGAGAUGAGCUGUAGGGUCAUAAAUCUGUAUUUCAGGGCCACUGGUAUUAUAGUGGUGACAAAAUGAUAGAAUCACAUCUGUGAUUCAGAAUGUAGGAGCUUGCAUGAGUACUGUUGGACUCAUGAUGGACAGAUUAAAGACUCAAGACUCAAAAUUGAUGUAGCAGAACCAGAGAUAUUCUGUGUCUUCAUUCUAUGCAUCCAUCCACACCCCCAGAUUAUUGUUCCUUAUACUACUUUUUAUUCACAGACUCACUUGUGUGCCAGCGUUACUCAUAACUGUCUCUAAUAAUCAACUUCCAUUGUCAAUGUUCAGACAAUAAACUAUAAAAUCUCAGCAGAAACAGAAAAAGCUUGUUGUUUAUGUCAUGGUUAUUUCUGUCUGCCAUAUUCACUAGGUGCACAAUAACAAGAACUACCACUAACUUUUCCUAACUUUUUUUGUACAUUUUUCAACUCAUGCAAAUAAUAAGAAGUG